AUGAAAGUACCAACGAAACUUAUUGCUAACAUUCCCAAAUUGUGUGAAACCAGAUGGUCAGAAAAGUAUAAAAGCGUUCUUGUUUUUAAGGAACACUUUGUUGAAAUAAUUGACGCACUAGAUACAUUAGCCGAGGAGGGAAAUGCAGCCACAAGAAAAAGUGCAUACCAAAUGCACGCAGUGGCAUGCAGAUCUCAGUUUAUUGCGCCUGUAACAUUAAAUAUACUUCAAAAGAAGACACUUGAUAUAGUCAAAGCCAACCAGCACAUUAAAACUAUUCUUCAAAUGUUAAAAGAUCAUCGGGAAAAAGCAAAGAACGUAACAGCCGAAGUUUUAAGAGAAGCAAGCGACAUAGCGAAGUCCCUGAAUGUUGAUAUAACCAUCGCUCGUAUUGCUGGCCGACAAAAGCACAUAAGCCAAAAUGCAAGUGAAUUUUGGAAAAGAUCUCUUAUAAUUCCUUACUUAGAUUCAAUCAUUGUAUCUCUGCAAGUACGAUUUUCCGCAGACAAAUCGCCUGCAUUUUCAUUGACCCAUUUUCAUCCGGAUAACAUGAAAAAUGUUUUAUUGGAAGAAUGGAAAGAAAGAACUUCACCUUGUUUAAGUUUUUACAAUUUGGAAGGCUUCAAUGGGGAAGGUUAA